AUGGAUCAGAUAUCAUACUAUUUCGACAAUCUCCAAAAGACUAUUCAAGUCCACAUCUACAACAUGAAUAGCGAGUUGAUUUCCAAGGACAGCAGCAUCCUCGAGGGCAAUAUGCUACUGGAGCUCUCUGAUCAGACUGCCAAGGACAUUGUCGAUGACAUUAUCAACCUCUUCAAGAACCUCAAGCCAUUCUUCAUGUCCAAGGAGUCAUCAUUCCUCACACGUCAUUAUGGAACCAUAUUCACCAAGAUUCAAUUGGAGCUCCAGAACUUCUUCAUCUUCCUCAACAACCAUUUCUUGGAAUACUUGGACAUUGUUGCCAAGACCACCAACAAGGAGAACUUUGGAUCAAGGUUCUUCCUGGCACUGACCAGUGUAUGUCUGUACAUUGAGAGCAAGGGUAUCAAUCAGGUGGUUCAGGCCAUGAAUGAGUUUAUGAACACAGCCAAGCAAGGAAUGCACAGCCACAACAUUAACGACCAUGGCUUUAGUAUCAUUACAUCUGACCUUGGAAAGAGGAUCAAGGAGGCGGCACAGAAGAUCUUGACUGUGUACACUCGCAUGCAAAGCAAGACUAUUGAGAAGAUGUUCAGGAUCGGUCUGGACUCUACACAGAACUGGCUGAUGCUGAAGGAACCAAGAGAUGUGCGACAGGUCAACGACUUGGUUCUCGACGAGUUGGUCAAGCUCAGCGGAGAGAUCACUAAGCUCCUGCCAGCAACCCAAGCCCUCACCACACCAAACAUGCAACGUGUCGGUGGAGGUGGUGGCCACAACAGAACGCAGAGUGGCAACAAUGAUGCGAUGAGGAGAAACACAUCGGCCACCAACCUGCCCUCGGCCACACUGUUUGACAAGCGAAUGGAUGUCUACUCCAUCGUGGACUUUAACGCCAACUCAAUCUUGGUUGGCAUCAUCAAGAUCGCACUCAAGUCCUACACUGAGUGUCUGCGCACCAAGACCUUUGGCACCAAUGGCUACCACCAGAUCCAGGUGGACCUCCGAUUCCUCCGAGUCUACUUCACCGAUAUGUUUGGAGUACAACCAACCAUUGAUUCACUCCUUCAAGAGGCUGACAACACAAUCUGUGAUAGAUGUAUAGAUCCAAUUCCAUUGGAAGAGAGUAUCAUCAAGAAACUUAGUGAGGAUAAGUUUAGAAGUAGAAAGGAGGAAGAGAAGAAGGCA